AUGGACGGUUCUGCGGGCCGCCCAGCGGGGGUCCGAGCCUCCCCCCUGCCCGCCGGCGGCACCAAGCCCCUCGCCUUCUCCAUCGAGCGGAUCAUGGCCCGAACCCCCGAGCCCAGGUCGAUACCGCUGCCCCCCUGGUUCCAGCCCGCCCCCGCGGGAAAGCCCGACGCGUGCGCGCCCUCCGUUCACUGCAUGAUCCCGCUGCUGCCGCUCGGCUACGAGCCGGUCCACCGGCUCGGCCUGGCCGGUCUGGACCCGGGACACCUGGACCCGAGCUCUUUGCCGGGCCCCGCGGACUUUUUGGGCUUCGGGCUGAACUCCGGGGGCCCCCAGGAGGAGCCCGCCGCGAGCCCAUCCGUGGGCCACUACAAACUCUUCAGACCCCGCGUGGUCAACCAGGGGCCCGUGCCCGCCGUGUGCUACCUGAACUGCGGCGGGGACGGAGGGGGUCCGUGCGCGCCCCCGGCCGGCCUGCUCAACCUGCACCCCAUGGCCUCCUACCUGCUGAGCGCGCGACACAAGGUCCUCAUGGCGGAGCGGGGCCGAGCCGUGCCGCCGCAGUCCGGGUCUGGGGUCCUGAGCCCGGACCAGAUCCAGCACCUCAUGGAGGAGCGGCACCACAUGCUCAAAGGCUCCGCGGCAGGGACUCGGAUCAGCGGCCCCUGUCCCAGCAGCAAAGCCAAAGUGUUCACGUGCGAAGUCUGCGGCAAGUUAUUUAACAGUCAACAAUGGGACCAAUGCAGACAUGUUCCUGUUUUUAUGGGAGCUGGCAAGACACUAUGUGGCCGUUGUGGUAAGGAAGGAGUACGCAGGUCGACUACAUUCUGUUUUAAUCUUUUAUUGUUUUUUCAGGAAAAACCUCACAAAUGUAACCAGUGCGGGAAAGCCUUCAACCGGAGCUCUACCCUGAACACGCACACACGCAUCCAUGCCGGCUACAAACCGUUUGUGUGUGAGUUCUGUGGGAAGGGCUUCCACCAGAAAGGGAACUACAAGAACCACAAGCUGACACACAGUGGGGAGAAGCAGUUCAAGUGCUCCAUCUGCAGUAAGGCCUUCCACCAGGUCUACAACCUGACCUUCCACAUGCACACGCACAACGACAAGAAACCCUUCACCUGCCCCACCUGUGGGAAAGGCUUCUGCAGGAACUUUGACUUGAAGAAGCACAUCAGGAAGCUGCACGACCCAGUCGGGGCUCAGUCGCCUCUGCAGCAACACUAACCCCGCCUUGAGAGACUAGAGGCGUCCUGGAAGAACA